UUGAUAACAGUAAAAUUAGUAACAUUAACAGAAUCUAAUUUAUCGUUUGUUUUGUCGACAUCAAUUUUAAUUUAACCUAUUAAUUGUGUGUCUUACCCUCAUUUGAUUUUAAUAGUUUAGUUAUAAUUACAUUCCAAAUUGUUCCAUAUUCAGCCAUUUAAUCUUUGUUCAGCAGCAGUUAUGAUCAGUUUUGUUUAAUUGACCAUUUCAAACUAUGAAUAAGUAUAAUUUCCAAAGACCUGAGAUGGAGAUGCCUUUGCAAAGUUCACAUUAUAACCCUUCUAGGGAAACUCUUGGACGCUAUUCUGAAUAUUCGUUACAUUCUAGUUACAAGAUAAGAGCUGGUGAUGCAGCAUCUACUAAUUCAGUGGCAUGUACAACACGAAUACCAUAUGCUACUUUAAUAGCUGCUCUUUUAUGUUGUACUGGUAUUGGAGUAUUUUGUUGUACAAUGUAUCGUGGUGUAACGCUUAGUGCAUUGAUGUUUGAUCAAGUGUUUCAUCUCUAUAUUGGCUGGCUUGAAACUGUAAAAACCGUUUUAGUUUUGAUAGCUGCAGGAAUGGGAGCUCUAACAUUAAUGAUCAUAUUUGUUGGAUUUCUGGCAACAGGAGCAACACGUCGUCGUAUUUAUAAGGCAUGGAGAAAUAGAGUUGGCGGCCGUAUAUCUUGUGCAGUUUUUAUGGGAAUUAUAUACAUACUUCAAUUUUUUUGGAUUUUUGUAUUUGGUUUACUAAUAAUUUCAACAUUUAUAUUGACUGUUUUUUGGAAAAUGUGUGUUAGCACCCAAGUUCAAGAUUAUCAUCAAUGCAUUGACUUAACACAAUUUAAUUUCUUUUUUCCUCAAUCUACUCGUAUUGAAUAUUUAAAGAUAUGUGAAAUUCGAGAAAUAAAGUUUUUCUGCAGAGAUUUUGUUGAAAAAUCAGAAUUUAUGUUUAUGAUGGCUACUUUUGGUGUAAUUUUGAUAUUAAUAAGUUUGGUCCAUUAUCUGAUGUGUUUAUCUGCUAACUAUGCUYACAUUAGAGAUCAUGAAAAGUUUGAAGAACUUCAAGAAUUACAACUUUUGCAAGAUACUGAUUUUGCUACUUCCAAAGAAAGAUUUUAAACAUUAAUUGACUAAUUUAAUGAAUUGAUUAAGCUAAUUACAUAUAUCAUUCCACUAUUGUUAAAUGUCCUACACUACAGGGUUUCAAAAUGUUGAUCUACCGUCCAGUUAAUCACUCGUAGUUAUUAUAAUAUAUUUUAUUAUUAUAAGCUUAGGGUUAUAUCUCACACAAAGGCAAUAUUUUAAUUUAUUUUUACUAUAAAGAUUUUUUAUUUUGAUUAAUUAUAUAAUCAUGUAUAAUUUUAGAAGUAUAUAUUUUUAAUCAUAAGAUUUURAAUUUGAAUCUUAUUGCACUAAAUAUUAAAGAAGUAUUUCAAGUAUUAUUUUUAAAUAAUAAUUUUAUUKUAAUAAUAACUUUGCCGAAAUUAAAUUAUUUUAAGUUGUUUAAAAUUUCACAAAAACAAUUGAUAUUCCUGAUUUUGUAUCCUAUUUUAUUUUUUAACAGACUAAAAAUAAUUAAGUCUAGUCGUCUUUCUUUUUAGGUUUUAUCAUUUUCAUUUUUCCAGUAUUUUGUGGUUUUUUGUUCACUAUAAAUGUAGAAUGUUCCAUAAAAAACUUUUUCCAAUGUUAAGAAUUAGUUUUUGUUAAAAAAUUAUUUCAAUUAUAUUAAUAGUUAUGUGCUUUAAACAUUUGUAUUAUUAACAAAAUAUGUAACCAAUCAUGACUAAUGUCAUAUAUCAAAACACAUCAUUUUAUAAUA